AGCGGAAGUUUACUGCCACAGAAGGCAGAUCCUCCUCGGGUAACGUCAAGUUACGGAGAUUCUUACUAACAGUUUGUACAUUUCAUUGCGUGACACCCCGAAACCAGUAUAGAAUUGGUUUGGAUAAGUACGAAGCUUAAAACUGACUGAGUGUUAUUGGACUUUGUUCCGUUGGCGCAGUUUGUUAGCAUCAGACAAAGUUAGCCGGAAAGCUAAUGCUAGGCUUCCGUUGAGUGGAGUGGAGAUGUUUAAAGCGAAAAUACUCUUUAUUGGUCCCAGCGAGGUAAGCGACGCCUCUUUUGACUCUCAGAUGAAGAGUGGGAAAACGGCUCUUGCGAAUUUUCUCUCGGACACAACGGAAAAUGUGGGAGGUGAAUACAGACCUACUCAAGGAGUCAGGAUUUUGGAAUUUGAAUCGCAACCUGAAGGCAGCGGUGACAACAAGUCAUGUGAAGUUGAACUUUGGGACUGUUCAGGAGAUUUCAAAUUUGAAUCAUGCUGGCCCGCGCUCAUGAAAGACUCCAGCGGCGUGGUGAUAAUUUUUAAUCCGGAUGUUCCAAGUCACCUCAAAGAAAUAGAGACGUGGUAUGCGAUGUUCAUCUCUUCUCAGGGUUUGUUGGACAAUCAGUGCUUACUCAUAGCGCACCACAAACCCGGCAGCGGAGUUGAAGACGAACGCCUGUCUUUAGCUUCACACCUGAGCAGGCUGUCACUUGUUCACUCCAACCUGGAGGAGGAACCAGAGGAUGUGAGACAAACUUUCUGCAGAUACUUGGGAAAUGUUGUGAAUACAAUGUCAGAGAGUCGAGAGCGUGAGGAGAUGUCGAUCAUUACGUAAUAAUGAGAUCUGUAAAAUAUGCAGAUUUUUGGAUUAAAAUGUUGGCAAUGGUAGUUCUCUGUUGAAGUAACAUUUAUUGUUUUCUGUUUAUGUAAAUGAUGUGAUUCAGAGCUGACUGCUGGCCUGUAAUAGUAUUUCUGAGUUGUGCUACAAUAUUCUGCUCACUACAGUUUUGUGCAUUUCACUUGUUGGAUUUGUGUUGUUUAUGCCCUUCUUGUAUACAAAGUGCUUAUUGAUUAGUGAGUAACUGUCAUAUGUUGCACAAUUUGACUUCUUCCCAAUUCUUGAUAAUCUUGAAUUGAAAUCCUAUCAAACAAUCACUGUUGAUGCAAGGAUCAAAGGCACACACACUUCUGUUGUCUCAUCAUAUAUAACACUUAGUGAAGUCCUAAUCUCGACAAAGGCUUUUUAUAGAAGAAUCCUCUCAGAAUCCCAUCUUCUGAAUUAUAAUAGACACAUGUAUACAGAAGUGACUUUGCAUUUGUCAUGCUGAACUGCAUCUAGAUAAACAGUCUAAACUCUAGAGCUGAGCUCCGCAUCCCUCCCUUGUCUGCACACUCACCUGAGCACAAAUUUAGUGUCCUGAUCCGACACCCUGAGGCAAUUGUUGCCACACCUAUUGAUCCACAAUACACACCAUCACACACGACACUUCCCAAACUCCCUUUCAAAUGUAUAUAUAUUUCCCGACAGGUAGAUGUCCUUUUGUGAAUGAAAUAUAACCAUGAAUCUGGAAAUGAAUGCUCAAGAAAUAAAAAAUAUACAUCUGACUGUA